AUGGCUGAGAUUGCGGGUGGUUAUUCUUGUUUGGGUUUUACCAAGAAAGAUGCAUACAACUAUAUUGAUCGGUUGAAGCGUGCAAAGGUGGUUGAUGGAGACAUGAACACUACUAUAGUCUACUUAGAAGGCAAGGCAGCUGCUGAUCCCAUGUCUAUGGCCCAGUACAAUUUGACUGAAGAAAAUGAGACAAUCGGUUCAUACAAGUGGAUGUUGGAGAACCUGUUAGAAGUCAUGUGUGGGAAUAUGUCCUCUGUUGUCAUGACCGACGGGGAUGAAUCAAUGAUUGCUGCAGUUAGGGAAGUGUUGCCCCGGGCAACCCAUAGGUUGUGUGCAUGGCAUUUGCAGAAGAAUGUGACCUCGAACACCAACGAGCAGAUGUUCUGUGAUGUCUUUGCCAAGUGGUUGUAUGCCGACAUGGAGGUUGAAGAUUUUGAGGGUGAAUGGGCACAGGUUGCUGAACAGUGUGGGUUACACAAUAAGUAUUGGGCGUUACAACUGUAUGAAAAGAGGAAGAUGUGGGCAAAUGCGUACUUGCAUCGCAAGUUUUGCGCUGGGUUUCGUAUGACAUCUCGAUUAUGGGAGUACCGGAAUAAUGAGCUGGUUGCACAGUUUAGAUCAAUGUAUGGUGUUCCCGUUAUGACAACAUGUCUUGAUCCCAUGGAACAGUUUGCUGCAUUGGUGUACACGAAUGUCAUAUUCACACAAGUCAAGAAGGAUAUUGAUUCUAUCUCGGUCGUUAACUUUGUAAGCAAACGACGAGUCUCAACAACCAUGGUGUACAUGGUUGAGGAGUAUGGAUUCCUCGGUCAGAAUGUGGUGGCAUUGUACGAUCCGAAAAGAAUGAGGUUGAUCUGUCGAUGUAGAUUUUGGGAGAAAGAAGGUUUUCCUUGCAAGCAUAUGUUUUUUAUCAUGAAGCACGAGCACGUAAAAAGAAUUCCCGAGCGGUUGAUUUUGAGACAAUGGAAGAAGGAUGUGAAGACAGUCAACGAAUACACUGAGAAGAUGGCACUAGCUGAUGAGUGGGGUUUCUUGUUGAGACAUGGAGCCCUGCAUGCUGCUUCGCAGUUGAUGUUGUUCGUCGGAUCUAAAAACGACGAUCUGUACAAGAAAUGCAUGAGCGGAAUCAGGCAGAUAUACUGUGAUCUACAAGCACGCAGCGGCAGUGACACGAUGGAUAGGAGUUCGAAUGCUGCCUGUGAUGUUUGA